CUCUUUCUAGGUAACCGCCCGGAUGACAGGCCAUCGAAGAAAAGUCUCGUCAGGCUGUCCUUGCGCUGCAUACAUCGCAGUCCUGGUCCAUCUCCUAAUCCACCUGCAGCGGCACUAAGUCGAGCUUUCGUCUUCAGCUCUGGCAAGUUGCGACUGGAAGCGAAGCUGGACAAAGAAGCUUACAAAUACGAAGAGACUCUUAAUGUGCACGUCUCUUUGGACAACUCCAGUAAUCGUACAGUACAUAGGGUGCGAGUAGCACUGGUACAACACGUGCAUGUAUGCAUGUUCACGAAUGGUCGGUUCAAGAACAUAGUUGGGCUCUCUGAAACUGAGCCAGGGCAUCCCGUCAGACCAGGAUCUUGUUUGUCCAGAGUCUUCUCCGUCCGGCCCGCAGUCCACCUGCGCUAUCCUGUAGCACUUGCUGUAGAAGGAGGAUUGCCUACUCCCACCCUGCGACUAGCACCUUCAACGGUUCCAGCACUUGCAAAGGAAAAAAAUCCGUAUGGUGUUACAGUAUGUUACGAAGCGAAGGUUAAAGCUUUCUUAGGAGUUGUAGACAGACCUGUUUGCAUUCGAUUGCCCUUCCGACUCUUAGAAGAGCCACCACCCAUUGAUGAAGAGACAGUCCCUUUGGCGGAAGAAGAAGACGAAGACAGAGAAACUGUCUUUCCGACGUAGAAAAUAAUAACUCCCUUACCUCUUUUAUAAACCGCAUAUUUAUCCUCGUCGAACAUGGGUCCAAACAUAAAAACAUUUGGAAUGACGUCUGUUUAAUAGACGUCUAUUUUUCCAUUUUUCUAAUGUGUAGCCUUGGAAAAUGUCUAUUUCGAUAUAAUCAUACGAAGAUAAAAACAAUACUGGUGUAGAAAAUUAUUAUGAUAUAUUGAUAGACCAACUUUUCCAGACUGUCAAAUAGAUGUGUUCAGACUAAAGUUUUCUUAUCAGAAUAUUUGCAUGACUUCUUGUUUUAAUCUAAUAAUAAACUAAGUACUUAAAGCCUCAUAA